GGGCUGGGGGCGUGGCCUAAGGCUGGGGGCCGGCGGCGGCGGCAGCAGGGAGCUGGGAAGCUGAGAAGCCGGGAGCGCGGGGCUCAGUCGGGGGGCGGCGGCGGCGGCGGCUCCGGGGAUGGCGGCGGCUCCGCUGCUGCUGCUGCUGCUGCUCGUGCCCGUGCCGCUGCUGCCGCUGCUGGCCCAAGGGCCCGGAGGGGCGCUGGGAAACAGGCAUGCGGUGUACUGGAACAGCUCCAACCAGCACCUGCGGCGAGAGGGCUACACCGUGCAGGUGAACGUGAACGACUAUCUGGAUAUUUACUGCCCGCACUACAACAGCUCGGGGGUGGGCCCCGGGGCGGGGCCGGGGCCCGGAGGCGGGGCAGAGCAGUACGUGCUGUACAUGGUGAGCCGCAACGGCUACCGCACCUGCAACGCCAGCCAGGGCUUCAAGCGCUGGGAGUGCAACCGGCCGCACGCCCCGCACAGCCCCAUCAAGUUCUCGGAGAAGUUCCAGCGCUACAGCGCUUUCUCGCUGGGCUACGAGUUCCACGCCGGCCACGAGUACUACUACAUCUCCACGCCCACUCACAACCUGCACUGGAAGUGUCUGAGGAUGAAAGUGUUCGUCUGCUGCGCCUCCACAUCGCACUCCGGGGAGAAGCCGGUCCCCACUCUCCCCCAGUUCACCAUGGGCCCCAAUGUGAAGAUCAACGUGCUGGAAGACUUUGAGGGAGAGAACCCUCAGGUGCCCAAGCUUGAGAAGAGCAUCAGCGGGACCAGCCCCAAACGGGAACACCUGCCCCUGGCCGUGGGCAUCGCCUUCUUCCUCAUGACGUUCUUGGCCUCCUAGCUCUGCCCCCUCCCCUGGCGGGGAGAGAUGGGGCGGGGCUUGGAAGGAGCAGGGAGCCUUUGACCUCUCCAAGGGAAGCCUAGUGGGCCUAGACCCCUCCUCCCAUGGCUAGAAGUGGGGCCUGCACCAUACAUCUAUGUCCGCCCCCUCUACCCCUUCCCCCCAGGUAGGGCACUGUAGUGGACCAAGGACGGGGACAGCCAUGGGUCCCGAGUGGCCUUUGGCUCUGGUAAUGUUUGGUACCAAACUUGGGGGCCAAAAAGGGCAGUGCUCAGGACUCCCUGGCCCCUGGUACCUUUCCCUGACUCCUGGUGCCCUCUCCCUUUGUCCCCCCAGAGAGACAUAUGCCCCCAGAGAGAGCAGAUCGAAGCGUGGGAGGCACUCCCAUUGCUCUCCUCCAGGGGCAGAACAUGGGGAGGGGACUAGAUGGGCAAGGGGCAGCACUGCCUGCUGCCUCCUUCCCCUGUUUACAGCAAUAAGCACGUCCUCCUCCCCCACUCGCACUUCCAGGAUUGUGGUUUGGAUUGAAACCAAGUUUACAAGUAGACACCCCUGGGGGGGGCGGGCAGUGGACAAGGAUGGCAAGGGGUGGGCAUUGGGGUGCCAGGCAGGCAUGUACAGACUCUAUAUCUCUAUAUAUAAUGUACAGACAGAGUCCCUUCCCUCUUUAACCCCCUGACCUUUCUUGACUUCCCCUUCCAGCUUCAGACCCCUUCCCCACCAGGCUAGGCCACCCACACCUGGGGGACCCCCUGGCCCCUCUUUUGUCUUCUGUGAAGACAAGACCUAUGCAACGCACAGACACUUUUGGAGACCGUAAAACAACAGCGCCCCCUCCCUUCCAGCCCUGAGCCGGGAACCAUCUCCCAGGACCUUGCCCUGCUCACCCUAUGUGGUCCCACCCAUUCUCCUGGGCCUUUUUCAAGUGCUUUGGCUGUGACUUUCAUACUCUGCUCUUAGUCUAAAAAAAAUAAACUGGAGAUAAAAAUAA